GGCAGCUCUGCAGGCUCGCCAGCAACCGCAGCCCAUGUCGCACUUGCAGCGGCAGCAGCGUGCCGCUCAGCAGCCGGGGAUGGGGGUCAACGGUAUGGGUAUGCCGACAAUGACUGCUGGUUUGGGCAAUAUGUCUCUUGUAGGGCAAAAUAUGCCAAGCAUGGCGAACGUGUCUGGAGCGAUGGCCCAGAAUGUGGCGAACUCUGCUAUGACGGCUGGCGCUCCUCCUGGCGUUGAUCCACGCGUGUGGGCUCAGUACCGACAAUCGCAACUGCAGCAACAACAACAGCAGCAGCAGCAGCAGCAGCAGAACAUGGGCUAUAGUCUCCCUAACGGCAUGAAUUCGGGCAUGGUAUCCGCACCUACCUCUGGAGCUCAACCAAAUCCUCAAAUGGGCAUGCCGCCACCUCAAAGGCCCGUACCGCGACAGAGGAACCCGAGCCAACUGUCUCCUCAGGGAAGUGUUCCGCCUGCAACACCUCGAAUGAACGUCCCGCCUGGAAUGAACCCGCAGCAAUUGCUUCAACAACAAAUGCUUCAACAGCAGAUGCUUCAACAACAGCAGAUGCAGAUGCAGCAACGGCAGCAGAGUCAGCAGCAUGGCCAGAUGCCGGACGCUCAUCAAACACAGCUACAGCCGCAAGCGCUGCCCGCUGGUCGCAUGCAAUUUGGCCUGCCGGGUGCUGCUUUAUGGUCCGCUCAAGCCGCGGCUCAAACGGCUGCACAGUCUCGUACACCAUCCACUGUUUCUCAGCCAGCUCAGACCCCCCAACAGCAACAACAAAUGCCGCUACCUGGUCAACCUCAGGCACAUGGAAUGUAUGGCAAUGCCGGGUUGAUGAACAUGGUGGGCGGUGGUCCGUCAAUGAGCGGCCCCGGCUCCGUGGGCCACUCAAAUGCUUCUCUCCCCCCUCAAUCGCCCUGGCAGCCGGCCGAGUCGCCUGCACAUUCACAAACGCACCCCACACCUCGUGCUGCAAGCGUGCAUCUGCAGGGUGCUCCUACCGGAGCAUACCCGUACGGCCAUUCACCCGCGGCUAGCGUAGGUGGUACCCAACAUUUCUCUCCCCCUGCAUCGGCUGGAGGCAGCGUAAUGGGUACCACUGGUGUAGGCGAUGAUCUGUGGAAUGAAUGGAUGGCUGGUGAUGAGCAAAUGGGCGCUUGAACUUCAGUCUCAAAAUGUUAGACGCAUCUAUCUCUCGGGCGAUUUGACGUCUCGCUCUGUGUUAUUACCCGUACUUCCCCUUUCCCCUCUGUAUUUGCCGUCGGUAGCCAGCUGCGAAUGAUCGCCCUGUGGCGUACUUUUCACCUGUUCAUUCUCCUACGUCUUUUCUGUUUUACUUGUUCCUCUACGUGUCAAUAGCGCUGUCUUUGUCACCGCUCUGUAAUAUCUGUAAGACUGCUUAAUACACCAGGGUGUUCUCUC